AUCGCGGUGUACAAUGUAGGUACAUUCGUAUAAUUUAUUGUAUCAUUAAUAAUUUAGUAAAAACAUCAUUAGUCACUACUUUUCAGAGCGUAUUCUAGCGGAUGCGAUAAAUUUGGAUUAUAUUUUUCACUUUAGUCGGCUAUUUUUGACUUUCGGCACUUCGUAGUUUUUCCUCUGGAUAAUAAUAAUGUUCAUAAUACCAAUACGAUUUAAAGAAAAGAGAGAAUCAGAUUAUCAUUAUUGUUAUUUCGUAAAGACUAAAGACUAGCUUUACAAUUCGUAGUCCAUCCGUAUUCUAUAGAGUAAUUAUUAUUAUUCUCAACUCUGUGAUGUAACAGCGCCAGUUUAGAGUUGAUGAUAUAAUAAUACAUAAUAUAUUAUCUAUUCUGUGAUAAUGGUUUUAUUCUGCCGAUAGAUGAUAACAAUACUGAUAAAGUAUUAAAGUAUACAACAUUUACUGUAGACUAUGGAACAUUCAGUGACUUAGCGUAGUGUACAGUCUCAUAGAAAACGGUUUGACUUGGAAUAUUCUAGUGUUGGCGUAUUACUCGGAUUCAAUUAUUUAUAACAUUUGUUUCAAUUUUAAACGAUCUUACUUUCUAGGUUCAUAGUUUUCCAACGCAAUUGUAAUAUUAUAUGAUAGAUUUCGAAGUCAAUUUUUCGACGACGAACUCGUAUCCGAUUGCUGGUGUAGCUGAAUAAUGACAGUGUUACAGUAACAUAUCCUAAUUAAUAAGCUGUAACUGAUCACCAGAGUCAAAAUAUGUCUUUCGAUGAUGGGGUGCAAGCAACCAACUGUGAUGCGACAAAAUGCAAGUAUUCAGCCGUGAAGAUGGGCUAUUGGCAAGACGAUUUCAUACAGUAUUUCGUUACUGGCUAUGAACGUAAAACACCGGAGAUUAAUCGAGGAUAUUACGCUCGCACCAAAGGUGUCGCCAUGUUUAUGGACAAAUUUCUCAAGAAAACUGGAUCAAACUGUCAAAUUAUAAAUCUUGGUGCUGGGUUUGACACUCUAUACUGGAGACUGAAAAAUAGUGGAAUCACAGUUAAUAAUUAUAUUGAAAUAGACUUUGCUUCAGUCACGUCCAAAAAAUGUUUUUUAAUCAAAAAGAGUCAAAUUUUAUUACAAACCAUUAACCAACAAGAGGGUGAAGUCAAAAUCGUAGGAUCAGAUUUACAUGCACCUGACUACCACAUAAUCGGCACAGAUCUUCGAAAUCUGGCAGAAUUAGAUAAAAAAUUAACUCAAAGCGGCAUAAAUUUUGAUGUGCCCACAAUGUUUUUAACUGAAUGUGUUCUUGUCUAUAUGGAGCCAGAAAGUUCAUCAAUGUUAUUGCAUUGGAUUGCUAAGAAGUUUAAUGACAUUUUUUUUAUUAAUUAUGAACAAGUGAACAUGAAUGAUAAUUUUGGACGGAUCAUGCUUGAUAACUUACGCAAUAGAGGAUGUCAGUUAGCUGGUGUUGAUGCGUGUUUAAGCCCCCAAACACAAAUGGACAGAUUUGUUAGAGUCGGUUGGGAUAGUGCACGAAGUUGGAAUAUGAUAAAUGUAUAUGAAUACUUGCCUGAAGAAGAUAGAUAUCGCAUGGAAAGAUUAGAAAUGCUAGAUGAACUAGAACUACUCAAACAAUUGUUACAACACUACUGCAUUACAAUAGCCUGGAAAGGCAUUACCAUGGCGGACGUUGAUCAUUUAUAGCAGUUACAGAGGCAGGUUAUGAAUGACAUGGCUCAUAACCUGCACAUUGGAUGUUGAACAUAAAAUUACAUCCGUUUUUUUUGCAUCUCAAUUUUGUCUUGUUUUGAAAUUAAUCUCAUUAAAAUAAUAUGGUGGUUAUAUUCUAUCUUCUGUGAUUUUGACCUUUUAUUAAACAGUUAUGACAUUGAUUAAAAAUAUUUAGUAGUAACAUUAAAUAUUAAUAAUCCAUGGUUAUGUGAUGAUUACAAUAUACAACAAUGUAUAAGUUGGAUAGGCUUGUUUAUUUUGAAAUAGGAGUAUAUAACAUAUUUUUUUAAGUACUUACAGUAAAUCACAACAAAAACAAAUACACCAAAUUAGAAAAAAAAAUAUCACAAUUAUUUGGCUUAAAUUAAUAAAAUGUUAAAAUGGUUUGUUGAAUUAUUAAUACAAAGCUAUUAAUAUAUUAAUUAAUUAAUACCUACUAAGUUCUAUUCAUUUUACAUGUCUUCCCAUAUUUGUUUAUUUAUUUUAUUUUAUUAGUACACUAAAGGAUAAAACAAUUUAUAUUUUAUAUUCAAAUAUUUUUGUUUUAGUGUUUUGAUAUUAGACUGAUUUUUGACAUUAUGUUAAGCUACAUUUAA